GUAAAAUGUGACCGGCGACGCACGGCGGUGUCGACCUCUGUUCUAAAUUUACCAUUUGAAUUUUAGUUGGCCGAUCAGCUUGGAAUUUUUAUCUGGCAAGAUUUCAUGUUUGCUUGUGCCAUGUAUCCUGCCGACGACGUGUUCCUGCUGAAUGUAGUGGACGAAGUAAAAACGCAGGUCAAACGACUCCAACGCCAUCCAAGUUUGGCGAUGUGGGCGGCAAACAAUGAGAACGAGGCGGCCCUUCAGGGAAGUUGGUACGGAACUUUUGGGAAGUUCGAAAUCUACAAGGCCGACUUUAUCAAGCUCUACGUCGAUACUAUAAUUGGAAACGUGUCGCAGUUAGAUCCUUCCAGAGAGUGCUUGUCUUCCAGCCCGACAAACGGGAUUCAGACAAAGUUGGAAGGCUGGGUUGCCCAAAAUCCGGGCGAUUCACGAUAUGGCGAUGUUCAUCAUUACGACUACUACGGGGACACGUGGAAUCAUGAAACUUUCAAGAGGAAGACGAGAUAUGCGUCGGAAUACGGAUUUCAGUCGUUCCCAUACAUCGGGACGUUAGAAAAGAUUUCUAGCAAUUUCGACCAAUGGACCUGGAAUUCAGCCAUGGUCGAACAUAGACAACAUCAUCCAAGGGGACAGGAAGAAAUGAGAAGGCUAAUUCAGACCCAUUUACCCUAUCCGAAAAAUUACAAUUCCACCGAAGCAUUCCCAGCCAUGAUUUACAUGGCUCAAAUUGUACAGUCGAUGGGGCAGAAGACACAGACAGAAUUUUAUAGACGCCUGAUGGAUAAGUUGGACGAAAAGGAUGGAACUGGUCACAACAUGGGAGCGUUAUAUUGGCAGCUAAACGACAUCUGGGAAGGCUGCUCUUGGGCAUCAUUCGAAAUCAAUGGCAGGUGGAAAAUGUUUGCCAGCUAUAUGAAAAGGUCGUUUCAUCCCGUUCUACCGUCCCCUUACAAGAACUUUGACGGGGACGUAGUCGUGGAACUCAUUUCUGAUGCUAUUGAUGACUUCAGUGGUCAUAUGCGCGUCCGAGUCUUCAAGUUCGAUAGUUUGACUCCAUUGUUUGAUGUGACCACAUUGGUCGCUGGGACAUAUUUGACGUCGAAAGAAGUAUUUCGAAUCCACGAAGAAGAUCUGGAACGUGUUGGAUGUGAUGACGGAAAAUUAGAUCCGUACCCUUGCCUGGUACACGUGACCAUGCCUGGGACCCCCACCAAUUUUUUGCUCCUCCACUACCCCACUAACAAGUCACACCUGAAAUUUCCGAACCUCCGGGCAGUGGAACACACGGCUUCCUCGGAUUUGAAAACGUUUACAGUGACCCUUGUCACCGACGAAAUCGCUCCGUUCGUCUUUCUCAACCUGAGGGAUUCUACCCAUGGACGAUUCAGCGACAACGGUUUCAUCAUGGUCGACUCACAACAAGUGGUCACCUACGAGUCUCGAGAUCCAAUUUCUUUGCAUGAUUUUAUCACACAGUUGGACAUCAUGUCACUUUAUGAUGUUACGGCAGUAGCACAAGAUUAAUGUACCAUUUGUUAACUUGUCGUUAACUUCUUGUUAUUUUCCCUGGAUCUCGCUUUACUACAAGUGCUUUAGAAGAUUGUUAUGACAUGUUGACGUACUUAUGGCGUAAGAAAGAUGAUAUCAAAUAAAUCUA